UGACAUUCGAGGGUAGAAAAGACGGCAUCAAAUUCGAGUGGAAGAACAAUAGGGUUUUCUAACAGUAGUCAAAGGUUACUUUGCAAGCUAAGCUAGGUUGUGCUCUUCUGACCCUUCACGCAUCUUGAUCUGGAUCUUGCAACGUCGUUUCUGCUCUUUCCAUCUCUGAGUCGUACCCAGGUAUAUUCCCUGCAGAUUCAUACCCCCGCCGCCCGCUGUCCCCCCACUUUACGCGCCUCGGCAUCACGCUCGCCCCGCCACCAAAACGCGCUCGUUCCCUCCACCGACAGCCCCGUAGACGACUCCUGUCACCGCGUUCUUUCCCCAACUACCGUUCUCCAGAUUCAGCCUCUCUUCCCGUAUAUCUUGCCUGCUCCAGAGACAUCAUGGCUGCUACUAGAAACAUCAAGUGUGUCGUCGUGGGUGAUGGUGCGGUCGGAAAGACUUGUCUCCUUAUCAGUUACACAACCAAUGCGUUCCCCGGUGAAUACGUCCCCACCGUGUUCGACAACUACUCGAGCCAGGUCAUGGUGGACGGCAUGACCGUGUCCUUGGGUCUGUGGGAUACUGCCGGUCAGGAGGAUUACGAUCGACUCCGACCACUCUCCUACCCCCAGACCGACGUAUUCCUUCUCUGCUUCUCUGUAGUCUCUCCCGCCUCUUUCGAGAACGUGCGAACAAAGUGGUAUCCCGAAAUUCAACAUCACUCCCCCGGUACUCCCAUCAUUCUCGUCGGCACCAAGCUCGACUUGAGAGACGACCCCAUGCAGCUCGACAAGCUGAGGGAACGAAAGCAAUCUCCCGUCACCUUCUCUCAAGGGUCCGCCAUGGCGAACGACAUUAAAGCUGCCAAGUACCUUGAAUGCUCCGCCCUUACCCAGAAGAACUUGAAGUCGGUAUUCGACGAGGCUAUCCGGACCGUCCUCAACCCCAAUCGACGUGCGGGUAAGGCCAAGAAGGGAAACGGCUGUGUCCUCAUGUAAAUUGCCUCCCACCACCACAACACGUCUAGCAGUCCACAGCAAUGUUUCUCCGUCUAGUAUAGAGUUUUAAGUUAAUCUUCGAUCAAGCCCAAGUGCUUUUUGCGAUUUCCUCACACCUGGACCCCAAUCUUUGAUUUCUUGAUCGUUGAUCGGAAAUAUCUGUACCACCAGCUUUCCUCUUCCUGAAUCCCAUGCGAUGAGCUCUGGCCGUGGGUCAUGUGGCUUCUUUCAUCUGGUGGUAUUCUACCUUGUUUGCUCUCUCCUUUCUCAUUAUCUGCCGAUUCCAUCUUUUUUUUCUCUGUCAAUAUUGAAUGAUAACGAUGCCACGAACUGUGAGAA